UUGUGUUUUGGUUUAGGCUGUGCCAUGGCUGUACAAACAAAAGUGGGAAUCGUAUUACCAAUUGAGCUUAAGUACUGAUUUAUAAUAUUUAACUUUACUGCAACACUAAAAAUCGUUGUCUUAAUUAAUAUCGUUUAUUUAUUCGACACCAUUGAAUUUCCUUAGGUUAUGAUUACUGUGUAUAGCUUGUAAGUACUGUUGUGAUAAGAGCCAAGAGAAACGCCUUAUCAGCCAGAGCCGGUACCGAAGUGAGGACGUGUAAAGUACAUUUUCUAUAACAAUUUAAAAUUUGAUUGCCUAAAAUUUGAAUAUGUCCGGAGAUAGUUCUAAUGUAAUCGAUCCGAAAAAAAUUGCCUUAAUAACUGGAAUAACUGGCCAGGAUGGUUCAUACUUAGCAGAAUUUCUCAUAGACAAAGGCUAUGAAGUUCACGGGAUCCUUCGUCGAUCCUCGUCAUUCAACACUGGCCGCAUCCAACACUUGUAUGGACAACCCGCGUGUCACACGGGUGGUAAAAUGCACCUACAUUACGGAGAUUUGAGUGACACGUCAUGUCUUAUUAGCAUCAUAGCAAAGACUCGGCCCAUAGAGAUAUACAAUCUAGGGGCCCAAUCUCAUGUAAAAGUAUCAUUUGAAUUAAGCGAAUACACAGCACAAGUAGACGCUCUUGGUACUUUGAGGCUCUUAGAAGCGGUCAGAGCUGCCGGCCUUGAAAAAGAUACUAAAAUAUACCAGGCUUCUACAUCCGAGCUCUAUGGAAAAGCUGUAGAAGUACCACAGAAUGAGAAAACUCCUUUUUAUCCUAGGUCCCCUUAUGCUUGCGCUAAACUGUACGCGUAUUGGAUAGUUGUGAACUACAGAGAGGCGUAUCAAAUGUUCGCCUGUAACGGACUACUGUUCAACCACGAGAGUCCACGGCGUGGCGAGAACUUCGUCACGAGGAAGAUAACGAGAGGUGUCGCCAAAAUUACCCUAGGCCUCAUGCCUUAUUUGGAGUUAGGGAACUUGGAUAGCAAAAGAGAUUGGGGGCACGCCAAGGAUUACGUCGAGGCUAUGUGGUUGAUGCUCCAACAAGACGAGCCCGAGGACUUCGUGGUGGCGACGGGGGAAACGCACAGCGUCCGCGAGUUCGUCGAGAAGUCGUUCGCGUGCGUGGGGCGCUGCGUGGCGUGGCGCGGCGCCGGCGUGCACGAGACCGGACACGACGCGCACACGGAACAACUACUCGUCAAAGUCAACCCUAAGUAUUUCCGCCCCACCGAAGUGGACUUAUUACUAGGCGAUCCAAGCAAGGCGAAACAGAAGUUAGGAUGGGCCCCCAAAGUUAGCUUCGACCAACUAGUCAAGGAUAUGGUAGAAGCGGAUCUAGAAUUGAUGAAAAAGACACCAGAAGCGUAGAAUCUAUUUAUUUGCGGAAACCAUUACAUUAUGUAGAUCUCUAUAUACUGCGGGGCGAGCUACGGCAAUAGUUGGCAUUUACGUCAGAUUAGAAUGACAGCGGCUGUCACUUUAAGAAUUUUUUAUCUGUGGCAGCGAGCUGGCCAUCUUGUAAAAACUACUUACACAAACACGACAGAUAUUACAGAGCAUUAGGUUAAAUAUUUAAGAUUUUGUUACACUUUGCAGAGUAAUUGUGUACUUUAAAUUAUUGCCUGAUGACGCUGUUUAUCAUUUGUUUUAUUGCGUAAGUUUUUUUGAAAACUAUAUUAUUUUUUUAUUGUACUCAAGAUUUUCGCCGAACGCUCACUCCGAGAUCCAAGCGUGUUAAGCUGAAGCUCCCUAACACCUUACGUAUAACUAAAACAUAAAUUGCGGCUUCGACUGUACAAUUCGACCAGACUAAGUUUGCACCUCGCUGGAAUGCGGCGCCCCGCCCGCUUCCCCGCUCUCCUUCCCGCAAUCGCCCCGUCGCGUCAGUACGGUUAGCAUCUUUGUCGCCGACACGCGUCAUGCGAGUUUUCGUCUCCCUAUCCGUUGAAUUUUAAUUUUUUAACUGUUCUUGUUAGGUUUUUGUUGAACUGUUUUUACUGAACGCUUAACGUUAAUUUUUUUUUUCUUCGAGAGGAUUGUUGUGUGCAACAAAAAUUAAAGGAAAGGUCAUACACAGUGAAGGGAGAAACAUAAUCCUGAAAAGGAAACAUAAAGGAAAAUUAUUACUGAGCAAUUGUGAUACAAAUUUAAAAAGUGUAAGAACGCACGUGUGGUCUUAAUACAAAAACCCGAUAUCGCUAUAUUCUAAUGUACCUAUGUAUAAUAUAUUGUUAAAAACAAUAAAUGCAAAAUGAAAUCUAACAAAUAUUAGUUUACAUUUUUAAAGUCACAGCGAAUCCUUUUUUCAGACCAUACCUAAGCGGCAGUGUGACGUUAUCGAUGCGAGGUGCAAACUUAGCUUGGUCGAGCUGUAUGUUUGUAUUUGUAUAUAUAUAUAAUGGACGUAUUAAACUAAUUUUAAUAAUAUAAUGUUAUGUAAUUGAAUUAUUUAAUCCAUCGUGUAUGUAACAUAGCUAGUAAGAAUAAUGAAAUAAUACAGAGGUUUAAUACAGUGUGCUUAGUGCGAGUUUUUUAAAAUUCU